AUGCUUAACCAGCAGAAAAUGGCAAACCAGUGUUGCGGAGACGGCGAGGAGGGAAAGAAGAAACCUGCAGGGAAAACCAAAGGCCGGCAAAGGAUUGAGAUCAAGCAACUUGAAAAGAAAAGCAACUUGCAUGUGACUUUUUCGAAGCGCCGGAAGGGUCUCUUCAAGAAAGCGAGCGAGCUUUGCAUCUUGUCUGGUGCAAAAAUCGGCAUUAUCGUGCUAUCUCCAAGUCCUAGAGAAAAGCCUUUCUGUUUUGGUCAUCCCGACAUCGACACGGUCCUGGAUCAAUAUCUCAGUGGAAACCCAGCUUUUGAUGAUGAUGAUGACAACAGUCAAGAUUAUGCAACAUUAACAGAUCUUCCAGGUUUUGAAGAAAUCUACACGCAGUAUGAAGAGUCGUUGAAGGAGCUGGAGAAGGAAAAGAAGCGUGGAAAGGAGAUAGAACAGGCACAGAACGUGGAAAACAAUGACGGGUUUUGGUGGGACGAGGCUAUUGAUGGUAUGGGGGCAGAGGAGCUUGAGGCCUACAUGAAGGCUAUGGAGAAGCUGAAGAAUAAUCUGAUUGUAAGGGCCAGUGCUUUGACGAUGGCUAAUGUCAUGGAGACUGCUGUCCAGGCUGACCAUAGUUAUGGUUUCGGAGGUUCAUAG